UCUUUAUUUGGGUGCGACUUUCCGUCCUUCGGCAAGAUACCUUGUAGCGAACUUCGCAAAACCCAUCUUUCAACUGCGCAACGUCGGACCUGGAGUCAAUAAUAUCCGACCUGGACGCAAAGCUCAGGCGAGUCACCGAGAUCGCAUCGCAAGUUCUGGUGCCCACCAACGAAGGAACUCGACAUCGGCAGCAUGCGGGAAGCUCUGCCCUGAGGGCUGAGAUGAAGAGCUUGCUAGCUCAGAUGUCUGCCGAUCUGCAAGAGGUCAAAAGAAAGGUUUCCCGCUCAUCUUCAGGGAGCGCCCAGCUAGCACACAGACCACCUUCUUCAGUCGGCACCUCUGCGAUUGUCCCUUCCUCACUGCCAGACUCCUCCUUAGCCAUCCAUAAACAGCGAUCCAACGAUCCAGCCUCGGCAGAUCAAUCGCCGGCCCAGUGUCCAGAUCACCAAUCUCAGUCUGCCGCUCCGGGCGAACAGGCGAAAGGCGACCCGAGCUCAGCAGAAAGGAACACAGACACGACAACGUCGACGUCGCUUGCAGACCCCACGUCCAACUUCAAGGGGCCAUCUCCACCCGCUCCUGAAGGUUCUGAGGCAGCCUCUGCAACGGCCUCAAGGACAAACUCUUCAGUCGAAGCCCCAUCGCCUUCAGCCAGGACGAAGUUCAGCCUGACGACUAAUGAGACGGGGCCGAGACUGAUACCAAACAUUCGGAGAAUGCUGGCAGAGAAAGACUUCAACGGCCACAUCAGGGUCACAGACAUGGAACCGGUCGAUUGGGAUGCCCUAGCAAACAGACUCCAUAAGCCAGAGAUGCUCGCGGCUAAGGCUAGCAUCGUCGGCGAAAUUUCUGUUCCCAAUAUUGACUUUAUCUCGCUGCUCCACCCGGGAGAGGAAUUCUUACAGUUCGCGGCCAUUCCAGGUGGAAACUCGGACUACUGGCAUGCUGGCUGUCGAUUGUCAGGCACGCCUUGGCAUAAAGAAGAUGCGAACUGGCGGUCGGUCAACAAGGUCUGUUCUGGCUUGAAGCUAUGGGUCGUUGUUCCGGCGCACUAUGCUGCCCGCUUCGAGGAGUUUGUUAAGCAGCACUGGAGGACGAACAAUUGCGCGCAGUUUGUGCGUCACCUUUCGCUAUUUAUCGGCCCUACAACUCUCAAGGAGGCAGACAUCGAGUUCAGCAUUCACUGCGCUGGGCCCGGCGAUAUGAUCGUCACGAACCCGGGCCAGUACCAUAUGGUCGCGAACUUCACCGAUUGCUUCGCCAUGUCAAUCAACUUCUUGCUUCCUGGGGAAAAAGUCAUUCCAGACGAUCUUGCUGUCUGUGAGCAAUGCGGGCUGUUCUCUCUUGCCCACAAAGGAUUUAGAGCAGUCUCCAGCCCGCUGACUUACGACGAAACUGAGAGACUGCCGGUCACGAGCAUCUCAGAAAAUGAAAAGCUACAGCCCAAAAAAAGGGCCGUGUUGCGACAAGCGGCGGGCCCUCUACGGCCAUGCAAAAAACAAAAGAGCACUCCAAUGUCAUCUUCGGCCAGCCGUGAGCUGACCGAGGCUGAGGAACAGAUCAAAAAAGUCGACCCGCUGUGCAUAAUUCCAUCUUUUGGCGCACAACCUCCAAGUUCCGAGGUCUUCAAACUAGCCGCAGUCAUCUACAGUCGGCUGGCCAUUCGCCAGUUCUGCUCCCUCAUUCGCAGUAGAAGAGACCUGGAUACGGAAAGCUUCCGAAUGAACUUAUCGCAGGACAUUCCCGCACGUGUCGGACAACGCCUUGGCAGAAUCGACGUCUUUUUGCGGAAGACUGAUCUUGGGCGCCUCUGCGCCCGACUUGAGACGUUCUACCUUGCGCAGGAUAUUGAUAAUUCGAAGGAUGGCCGCAUCAGGGCUGACCCAGCCGUCAUCAAAAAGAUCCUGAAGCAGACCAAAUGCUCAAAGAAAACGCUUGAAAGGUAUCGCAGCCAGGGGAACAAAUGGAGACGCCUUUGCGAUGGCUACAAAGGGCUGCUAUGCCUCAUUUUCCUCGACGGAGGAAAUUCCUUCCGCAUAAACCCCGACAGCUACACAAGUCUGGAAGAAGCAGACGUACAUAUGUUCCAAGACCUCCUCAACAGCCCCUAUAUCAGCGCGCUUUGUUCGGUUGCAAAAACCUUUCAACGGUCUUUGGACAGUACAUCGUACGAUGUCGAGUUCUGCUGGGAAGCUGGAAAGUGGCCCUUGGACAGCACAUCGUGCGAUGUCGAGUUCCGCUGGGAAGCUGAAAAACAGCCCUUGGAAAAACUACCGGAAAACUACAUGCUCACACUUCUACAACCACUACCUUCAGCCCCUGAGAAUAUUUUCGACCCAGACAAGUAUCAAGACUGGCCACGUCCCCCGAGCUGGCUAGAGGAGUGGCCAUGGCCGGCCGAUCCGACAGCAAUCCUAGGUGUGGACGAUAAGAAGUGCGACUUCUGCGAUGAAGAAAAAUGCGCCUGUGUACGCAAGUCCACUGAACACAAACCGCGUAUAAAGCACUAUGGCAAGAAAGGUCGGGGACUACAGGCAGUUGCGUGCAAGCAGGGACGUAUGGCUUAUCAGAAAGGCGAUAUUGUCGGCUUUAUUACUGGGAGAAUCGUCCCGCCGGACACCUAUCACGACUCCUGGACACUGGAUUUUGUGCGACCAGAUCUAGCGGAUGAGCCCGUGGUGUGUCAGAUUCGCUUUGCGGACGCAGGUAACUGUUUCCGAUUGCUGAACCACUCCUGCAAUCCAUCUGCGCGCUUUGUGCAGAUGAGGGCGAGCGGGAGGUAUUCGACCGCAGUGAAGGCCUCAAGGAACAUUUCCGACGGCGAGGAGAUUACGGUUUCCUACGGAAGCAAAUGGGCUGGUGAACACUGUCUCUGCGAGGUGCAUCAGAAGUGAGGUUCCGCAUGCACGGGCCACAAGGCCCCUUCCAGGGUCUUAUGGCCCGUGCACGUCUGACGACAACGCU